CUUUCUCUCCCAAUUUCGUCCACCCCUUUAUCCCAUUUAAACACUUCAUUUCUUCAUCAAAAAACCACUCCAUAAUAUUGAUUUUCUUCUGCCCUUCAUUCUGCCCUAUCACCUCUUCCAAACAACCAUACUUUCUUCACCCUUUCAUACACAAAUCCAACCUAUUCUUCACCAUAUAUUCCCCUCUAUAAUCUGCCCUUAUUUAUCCAUAGUUUUUCCUAAGCUUGGGUACAUCACGGUUCCCUUCUUCUCAUCUUGCGCCGUCCAAUCCCCUCCUCGAUUUCAAGAUUUCAAAUCGGGUCAACACCGUCUCUUGCCGCUGGAUCUUCAAUCACUCUAGCACUCAACUACAAGCUAAGAAUGGAGGAGCAAAAAAUAUACAGUUUUGGCCAAGAUGUUGAAAAAUACUGUCAUUCUAGAGACUCCCAUGUUUAAGCCUGAGUUCCCACUUCAAGUUUGGAAGCUUUAAAAAAGGAUGGAAAACUUUUGCAGCUCAUGUAGCAUCCAGUCCAUUGCUUGCUUCAUUGACAGAUGUAGCUUUCUCACAUGCUACUUCACUACUUCCUGUAACCAAGACCAGCAUGAGAUUCUCGCCUUAGGCCUAAUUAAGGAUCUUAUAGCUCACUGUGAACAUAGAUUGAUGGCUAUGAAGCAGCACCACCCAAAACAAUCUCCAAAGAUGGAAAAAAUAUUCCCAAUCCUGAGUAUACCUCAUGGUCUAUUGUUAACACUCAGAUCCGUGCGUGUCUCCUCGCCGUCAUCAGUCCAACUGUUCACAAACAUGCUCGGGGCUUCAACACCUAUGUUGUCCUCUGGGAUGCUUUAGCAACUUAAUAUAAUUCCAUGUGUGCCGCUCAUAUUUAUCAGCUUCGAGAUAAAUUAUACACUCUUUGUAAAGGUACAAAAACUAUGACUCAAUACCUUGAUGAGGUUGCGACUAUGCUAUUAGAUCUUGAUGCCUUGAAUAAAGAAAUCUUGUUGGG